AUGAACAUUCAAAAGGUUCAGGAACAAUUUGAUUUAAAUACAAGAGCUUGGAAUGGUGAAGAGGUAUUCCCAUUAAAGGCUAAAAAACUCGAUUCAAGUAUUAAAAAGAACACUGGGUUUAUCAAAAAAUUAAAGCAAGGUAUUAAUAAAAAUACUUGUGCUACUCUAUUGAAAGAUUUAAGAGAAAUUUCUUUGGAAAAGUACUUAUCAGAGGUAAUUAAUACAACCAAUGAAAGCUUAGCAAGUGUGCCAAACAAAAAUGAAGAUAUAGCCGCUGCUGUUGAUGUAAUUGGUGCAUUACAUCAGAGAUUUGGCCAAAGAUUCACGCCAUACUUAAUUGAAUUAUUUUUAUCUAACUUUAGUAACCCAUGUGAAGAUAUUACAGUUGAAAAAUUUGAACUUCUUAGAAUUAAUAGAUUAAAGGCUAAUUUAAGAAUAUUUUCAGAAUUGUAUUUGUAUGGUGUAAUUAGAUCAAUAGAAGAACUUGAACCAAAAACUGGUCUUCCAAAAUUUUUGUUACUGAAAAAAGGUAAGGCCUCUCCUUUAAUAUAUUCCGUUUUAAAAGAAAUAUUACAUUACAGGUUUAAGGAAGGAUAUUCUACCUCUAUUGCAAUAUUUUUUUUAAAAAGAUUUCCGAUGUUCUUGGAUAGCGAAGAGAGUAUCUGGGAUGACUUCAUUUUUGAUUCUAAUUUGAAGAAUCUAUUACAAUCAUUGUUUCGAGCUUUCAUGGAUGCCGUUUUUACUUAUACCAUAGACUUGAAUAAUAAGACUAAUAAGUUAAUGAAGGAUCAUCAAAAAUGUCAAAUCCGUACUGGGAAAGAACGUAAUGAAUAUAUCGAUGAGUUUGAUGAAUUAUAUCCAAUUUUUGAAAGAUUUAAAAAUGCCUCUCAAAGUUUAAGUGAAUUUUUCAAAGUAGAUCCACCCAAAAUUGAAGAAACUUUUAUUGUAGACUAUGAAUCUGCUAAUAAGCCAAUGAUCACUAAUCAAAUUCUUCCUCCUGAUCAAAGAGUUUGGGAGAAUGAAGAUACUAGAAAGUUUUAUGAAUUGUUACCUGAUUUAAAGGAUAUACUGGAAUCAAUGAAGAAUGAAAAGUCUGCACCUGAUCCAAGUCAGAUAAAGCUAUUUUUUGAAGAUAUGGAAAUGGUUGAAACGAAAGAAGGUAUUGAUGAUUUAAUCCGUCAAUAUUGGAAAAGUAAUCUUGAUAAUAAAGCUACAAGAAAUAAAUUAAUCAAAUUCUUUACUGAAACACAGGACUGGAGCAAACUUCGCUUAUAUGCUAGAUUUUUAGCAGCAAAUGCCCCAUAUUUACCAGAAACUAAAGAUGAAUUUGUUAAUAUGCUAGAUAGUAGUUUUAGAAGUCAAUUACAUAGCAAUAGAAUAAACGUUAAGAAUAUUAUAUUUUUCAGUGAGAUGGUUAAAUUUGCAAUGGUGCCAAAAUAUUUAAUAUUUCAUAAAAUUAGAUCUCUAAUAAUGAAUAUGCAAGUUCCUAAUAAUAUUGAAAUUCUGACUGUUUUAUUUGAACAACUAGGUAGAUUUUUAAUUAACCAUCCGGAAUAUAAAGACCAAAUGGAAAAAUUAGUCGAUCUGAUUAAAGAAAAGAGGAAGGAUCGUCAAUUACAUAUGAACACUAAAGGUGCCUUAGAUAAUUUGAUAACUUUAAUUUAUCCACCAUCGGUUAAAUCAUUAAAUAAUGUUGAGGAUGAAAGCCCUGAACAAGAAUUUUUACGUAUUCUAAUACGGAGAGAAUUAUCAACAGUGGAUACUAAGCUUGCCACAAAUUUGGUGAAGAGAUCUAGUUGGACUAAUCCAGAUAUUAGCAGGACUCUUUUUAAGCUAUUUACGACACCAGAAAGCAUAAGCUAUCAAUAUAUACCUAUUUUAACUACAAUUUUAAAUGGCUUAAAAGAUACUCAUCCUAACUUUGUUGUUAAAUGCGUUGAUCAAAUUUUGGAAAAUAUUCAACGAGGCUUGGAAAAAAACGAAUACAACGAAAAUAUGCGUCGUAUUGCCCAAAUACGAUACUUAACUGAAAUGUUUAAUCUCAAUAUUGUGAAUUCUGAGGUUAUAAUUGAAACCAUAUAUCGUAUAAUUAAAUUUGGGUACCCGAAUGGACAACCAUUACCAUCCUCUAUCAAUCAGUUUGAUCUACCAGAUAAUUAUUUUAGAAUUCAGUUAGUAACUAUGGUACUUUUGAAUCUGGAAAAAUAUCCUAAUUACUUAAAAAAGAGGUUGGAAUUGCUUCUGAGAUUUUUUGAGUUGUAUAUGUUUACUAAACAACAACCUAUUCCGAAAGAAUCUAUGUUUAGAGUUACUAAUACUUUUGAAAAGUACAAGAAACAAAUUGGAUUUGAGAGGUCAGAAAACUUGAUAGAAUGUAACGCAAAACUGACAAUUAAAUUAAAGUCAAUGAAUGUUAAACCAGAAAACUCAACACCGGCCGAUAAAGUAGAUAGUACUAUUGGCAACGUAAAUUCGAGAAACUACUUUGAGAAUAAUUUGGAUGAAGAAGAUGAGGAUGAGGAUGAAGAUGAUGAAGAAGAUUAUGAUGACGAGGAUAACGACUACUCAGAUACUCCGGAUAAUGGUGAUAUGGACGCUGAGUUAUCUAAGAAGACUGGGCACGACAUAGAAAGGUCAAUAUUAGGAAACGAUGAUGAUGAAGGCACUACUAGUAGUGAUUCUAAUAGUAAUGAUAGUGAAGAUUCUGACACUGACGAAGAUAGCGAUAGUGAUAGUGAUAGUGACGACGAUUAUAGAGAUAUUGAUGUUGAUAGAGAUGUUGAAAGACGAAAAAUAUACAAUGAAUAUCAGGAGAAACUAAAAAGUGAAAGUGAACGUAAAAUAGAAGAAGAUUUUGAAAAACAAUUUCAAAUGAUGAUGCAAACUUCAAUGGAAUCAAGAAAAAAUGAGAAAGUUACAAGUAAUAUAAUACCACUGAUUGCUAGAAGUAGCAAUUCGGCAUUCCCACCAGAUAAACCAAAAAUUCUACGUCCUAACAACAUUACAGCGGAUGAUACAGCCCCAAGUAAGGAAGAUGAUAAGCCAAAAAAGGUGGCAUUCACUUUUUUAACAAAAACAGUUAAGAAGACCAAAUCUAGGACAUUGGAGCUACCAUCUAAUGUCAAAUUUGUGUCCAACGUUUUACAGGAAGAAGAAAGAUUGAAAUCUGAAAGGGAAAAAAUCAAGAAUAUAGUCUUACAAAGGACCUUCGACUAA